AUGCGUAUAGAGCUUGAAGCGCUCGAAGACAACGGCGUGUGGCGCUUGAUCAAGCGGCCAUCCGGAAGCAACACACUACACACCAAGUGGGUAUUCAAGACGAAGCCCGACGCGCACGGCGACCUCGAGCGACUCAAGGCUCGACUUGUCGCGUUUGGAAACGAGCAGGUCUUUGGUAUCGACUACCAGCUCACCUUCGCGGCAGUCAUGGACAUGUCUACGGUAAAGGUGCUUUUGGCUCUGGCGGCGACGUGGGGCGUACCCGCUAAACACGGUGACAUACCGAAUGCGUAUGUGAAGGCGGACAAGGAGACUAACCUCGAGAUACUGCUACAGGUACCGCAAGUCAUGGAAGUCGACGACACGACACUGAAGAAGCUAGGUGCGGCAAGCACGAAGGAUCUGGCACUCGAGCUUCUAAAGAGUUUAUACGGCCUCAAGCAAGCCGGACGACUCUGGAGCCAGCUCCUGCAUGCGAAGCUAUGCAGCGCAGGAUUUACACAGUGUGUUGCAGACAUGUGUCUCUACUGGAAGCGUGACGGGAAGGAUACCGUCGUGGUUGGCGUCUACGUCGACGACCUGCUUGCAACUGGCACCGGAGCAGCUGCGGUAGAUCGGUUUUUUUGCCAGUAUCGCGAGCCUGUCAAUCAAGGACCUCGGUCGUGUGAGUAA